AUGAGGGGCAUCAAGCCAUUGACGGUUGUCCUCAAGCUGGGAACCAGCUCUAUUGUCGACGAGGAAACUCACCAGCCUCUUCUGUCCAUACUGACGCUCAUUGUUGAGACGGCCAUCAAGCUGAAGAAGGAUGGCCAUCGCGUGAUCAUUGUUUCUUCCGGCGCCAUCGGCGUCGGUCUUCUUCGUAUGGAAAUGGAUCACAGGCCAAAACACCUGUCGGCAUUGCAGGCCUUGGCAGCAAUUGGCCAAUGCAGGCUCAUUAGCCUCUGGGACAGUCUGUUUAUGCACUUCAGGCAACCGGUGGCACAAAUCCUUCUCACGAGGAAUGACAUUGCCGAUCGGACAAGAUACACCAAUGCGCAAAACACGAUGAAUGAGCUGCUCGGCCUUGGUGUCAUUCCCAUCGUCAACGAGAACGACACCAUUGCCGUGUCAGAAAUCAAGUUUGGCGACAAUGACACGCUAUCCGCUAUCACUGCCGGCAUGGUCCAUGCCGAUAUGUUGUUCCUCAUGACCGAUGUCGACUUUUCCGGUGCCGGUUCCUCGCUCGGUACCGGCGGCAUGAUGACCAAAAUCAUCGCCGCCCGCCUCGCAACCUCUGUUGGCGUCACAACUAUUGUCACUCGCUCUUCAAAUCCUGGCAACAUCCUUGAGAUCGUCCGGUACGAACACGCUGCUCGAAAUAUUCUGCAAGCCGCCAACAUCCCCAACCAAGACGACGAAGAGGGUAUGGAGGAGUUCCUCGCCGCCUCCACAGCCUCCAUCCAGCUCGACAAUCUCGAGAAGCCUCCGCUACACACCUGCUUCCUGCCGUCCGCAGAGCCCAUCCACGAUCGCCACUUCUGGCUCCUCCACACACUGCGUCCCAACGGCACGAUUUACAUCGAUGCAGGGGCCCACAGUGCCCUCCUUCGCAAGGCAGGUCUCCUUCCCGCAGGUGUCCUUGACGUAGAGGGCAGCUUUGCCCAACAUGAGUCAGUCCGCCUCGUCGUCGUGGACCGUCUUCACGUCCCCUCCCCUACAGGUCGCAUCUGGGGCGGCAACCCCACCGAGGUCGGCCGUGCCCUGGUCAAUUACGCGGCGCACGAGGUCGGUCGUAUCAUGGGCCAUCAGAGCGCCGAGAUUCAGGGCCUCCUUGGCUAUGCCGACAGCGAGUACGUGGCUGAACGCCAGCACAUCAGUCUCUUCAGGCGGGAGAGCCGGCCCCAGACGCCGAGUUUCGAGGUCGUUAAGGAGGUUGCCGAGACUCUGGGCGCGGGCAUCUCAGGGUACGAGGCACGAGUGUAG